AUCUGCUGAUAGUACAGUACAGAGCUCUAGGAGUCACUCUGCACAUGCUCAGUUUAGUGUGUAUGGCUAGAGAGGUUUUUUUUUUUACCUUUUGGAGGGUGCAUGUGAUCAACACAAGGAGAAUCAACACUGUCCAGACAGAAGGUCAGGGGUUAUGCAGCCUCAUAGGACAAUCAGAGGAGAAUGAAAACUCCUCCUACAAGCUUUAACCAGUGCCAGAUAUUCCUGCAGCUCCUUUAAUGUUGCUGUAGGCCUUUUUGGCAGCCUCCCAGAGCAGUUUACUUCUUGUCUUUUCAUCAAUUUUGGAGGGACAUCCAGUUCUUGUGAAUGCAAGGUCCUGG